GCACAUGACCAGAGGAGGGCUGGACUUAUCCUGUCCUCGGAGUCUGACCUUUGGUCCCUCGGGGGGGUCAGUGGGGUCAGUCUCUCGUUAUCACAGGCAGUAAAGCAGCAGGACCGAAAACCGAAAGACUGACAGGAGUCCUCGUGCCCCGGAUGUGGAGCCCUGCGUGGGGAAGGAUGGCGGACUCCGAGCUGCGCGCGGUGGUUCUGAAGCUUCUCGAUGUCCAGGCGGUGAAAUUCGGGCAGUUCAGACUGAAGAGCGGACUGACCUCCCCCAUAUACUUCGACCUGAGGGUCAUCAUCUCUCAGCCCGCGCUGCUCAGACAGGUGUCCAGUCUGCUGUAUAAGUGUGCUGAGGAUGCUGCGGCGAAAUUCGACUGCGUUUGCGGGGUCCCGUACACAGCGCUGCCGCUGGCCACCAUCAUCUGCUCCACCAAAGACUACCCCAUGCUCAUCCGCAGGAAAGAGGCCAAGGACUACGGAACGAAGCGGCUGAUCGAGGGAAACGUGCAGCCUGGUGACGUCUGUCUGAUCGUGGAGGAUGUGGUGACGAGCGGCAGCAGCGUGCUGGAGACGGCUCAGGUGCUGCAGGCUGAAGGAUUAAAGGUCACUGACGCCGUGGUGCUGCUGGACCGGGAGCAGGGCGGCGCGGCGAGGCUCGAGGCUGAGGGAAUCACUCUCCACCCGGUCAUCAGCAUCUCCACCCUUCUGUCUGUGCUGCUUGACGCCGGACACAUCGACAAGGCCACCUGCCGCAGUGUGGAAGACUUCAUCCGGGAGAACCAGACCUUCAGCGCUGGUCAGCAGAAAGGCUCCUCGCCCGUGAAGAAGACGGCAUGUGCGGAGCCGAGUUAUGGAGAGCGAGCCGGUCGCCCAGGAAUUCACCCUGUGGCCUCGCGGCUGCUCCGGCUGAUGGAGCAGAAGACCACUAACCUGUGCGUGUCGGCGGACGUGAUCCAUGCGGAGGAGCUGCUGGAGAUCGCCGAGACCCUCGGGCCGCUCAUGUGCGUCCUGAAGACCCACGUGGACAUCCUGCAGGACUUCAGCCCUGAGGUGAGCGGCAGACUGAAGGAGCUGGCAGAGAAACACAACUUCCUCAUCUUCGAGGACCGCAAGUUCGCAGAUAUCGGGAACACGGUGAAACACCAGUAUGAAGGUGGGCUGUAUCAGAUCUCCUCAUGGGCUCACAUCGUUAACGCCCAUGCGGUGCCCGGGCCUGGUGUGGUUGAAGGUUUGCAGGCGGUCGGUCAGCCUCUGGGUCGCGGCUGCCUCCUCAUCGGCCAGAUGAGCUCUCGGGGGUCACUCGCCUCCACAGAGUACACGCAGGCUGUGGUGAAGAUGGCGGACGAUCACUCGGACUUUGUGUUCGGCUUCAUCAGCGGCUCAAAGAUCAGCUCUAAUGCGGGACACAUCCACAUGACGCCGGGGGUGCAGAUGCAGCGUGGAGGCGACGGUCUCGGGCAGCAGUACUCCACUCCGGGCGAGGUCAUUGGCACCAAGGGCUCUGACAUCAUCAUCGUGGGGAGAGGGAUCAUCGGCAGUGCGGACCGGCUGAAGGCAGCGGAGGAGUACAGGCGCGCGGGCUGGGAGGCGUAUCUGAACAGGCUGUCUGCUCUCAGCUAACCGCGGCCACCCGUCAUCCUGAUCCUGAUCCUGGUUUACAGCCUAAUCUCAACAUUCCUGCUGCUGCUGUAGACUCUGAUCAGGGUUUUCCAGGCUGGGAGUGAUCUGACUACUCCGUCUUUACACAUUGCUUUGAUUUUCCUGCACAUUAAUAAUUACUCGGUGCAGUCGAGUCCGUCAGCAGCGCAAAAGAGGAACCGUUUCAGAGGAAAACUAAUAAAUGCUGCUGUAUGUAAGUCUCAGGUACUCCGCUGUUGUUUAUGUGGGCAGUAAGUGUGUCUUGGCCAGUCAACACAUUAUAUAAUGUUAGAAUAACAUUGCCUUCAACCAUCUAAUGAAUAUUGCCAAUGUCCAAAAAAAACAUAAUAAUAAUAAUAAUAAUAAUAAUAAGCUUUAUUUUUGUGGCACUUUUUUUUCACAAAGUGCUUCACAAAAGACAAAUAAAUCAAAAUUGCCAAACUAAACAAGAAAAGACAAAAAGAAAUAAGCUAACAAAAAUGCAAAUAAUGAAAGCAGUAAAAUAUUUUGCUGGUGCAAAAGGUAAAAUGAAUAAAGUGUUAAUUAAAAACAAAACAAGUGGGUCUUAGCCUUCGUCUUAAAUACGCCAAAAUCUUCAAAAAAACCAACCAAAAAAACAAACAGUAUCUCCAAAGGUGGAGGCAACGAUGUUCUUUACUUUUAAUGUAAGUUAAUGUAAAGAGAUCUUAUUCCAAGCAAUUGUGGAUUUCUUACUAUUAUUAAUCUUUUUUUUAGUCAGAGACAAUAUUAGUUAAUAGUAAUCAUUAAUAGUAAGACUUGAUUAGAGCAGGUGUGCCCUGUCCUGGUCCUGGUCCUGGUCCUAGAGCUCUACCACCCUGCAGAGUUCAGCUUCAGCUCUGAUCUAACACACCUGGUCCAGGUAAUGAAGACCUUCAGGGGUCAGAUGUGCUGGAUGUGAGCUCUUCAGGGUGGUAGAUCUCCAGGAUCUCUAGCAUUAGAGCAGGUUUGCCUUGUCCUGGUCCUGAUCCUAGAGCUCUACCACCCUGCAGAGUUCAGCCUCAGCUCUAAUCUUACACACCUGGUCCAGGUAUUGAAGGCCUUCAGGGGUCAGAUGUGCUGGAUGUGAGGUCUUCAGGGUGGUAGAUCUCCAGGAUCUCCAGGAUCUCUAGCUUUAGAGCAGGUAUACCUGGUCCUGGUCCUAGAGCUCUACCACCCUGCAGAGUUCAGCUUCAGCUCUAAUCUAACACACCUUGUCCAGGUAAUGAAGGCCUUCAGGGGUCAGAUGUGCUGGAUGUGAGGUCUUCAGGGUGGCAGAUCUCCAGGACCAGGUAGUGGGCAGCCUUUUAAUGAUCAGAUAAACUGGGUAUUGGACGGUAACUGGAAAUAAUCACAGUGGAUUAUUUUUAUUUGUAUUUAUUCUACUGUUAGGAAUUCUUUGACAGGUGCUUCCUGCCCAGAUAAGUGGCUUUAGUUAUCAUUUUAAACGAUGGCCUUGAACCCCUGCACUGCACUGUUUGCCUGAAGUUGACGUUACUGAUUAUUUCCGACAUGUUUGGUGCCUCGUCUCCGUUACGUUCCUUACCGACAGCCAGCUGGAUUUCCAGUUAUUAAACUGACUUACAUACAUUUCAGAAGUUAAUUUUAAAAAUGUGUAACUGACUCUGCUGAUUCAUACAGCUGGACCUGGAUAGUGUAAUUUUGCAUUGUGAUGAUGAUGAUGAUGAUGAUGAUGAUGAUUCCGCCCAGUGUGUUACUGAGCUCGUCCUGCUGCACGAGUGUGAGAGUCCUUAAUCACUGCCUGGACGUCAGGGAAGUUUUUUGGCCAAAUGAAAUGUGAUCAGGGUUGUACAAUAAAGUAGUUUUGCCAAUAAAUCAUGUUUGAUACAAUAA